AUGUCGAGCUUUGAAGUUUCUGAGGAAGUAACCGGCACGGAUACUAGGGCCGCAGCCAUUGCUGAACUAAUGGAUUCAUCGAGUGAUUCCAGCGAUAGCCAUGAAGCGUGUAGUUAUCGAGAUCUAUCUGAUCGCUUUGAUAUUGCAAUUUCAAGCGUUUCUCGUAUCAUCGAAAGAACCACAAUGUUCAUAAGCAGCUUAAGUCCAGAAGUCAUUAAAUGGCCGAGUGAGGUGAAAAAACGUGAAGCUGCAAAUUUUUUCAAUAAUAAAUGCGGAUUUUCAAAAGCAAUAGGGUGCAUAGACGGAAUGCAUAUAACAAUUGAUCCGCCGGCCGAAAACAAAGAUGAAUACAUUGACCGAAAGGGCAACAUGUGUUUGUGCGUGCAAGCUAUAUGUAACGAUGAAAAGAAAUUUAUAGACGUUUUCGUAGGAUUUCCUGGUUCGAGCCAUGAUAGCUGGGUUUUCCAAAAUUCGCCUACAUAUGAAAAUUUGUCAUCUCUGUGUGGAG